GAGCAUAAGAGCAGAACAUGAGUCUCCAGUCCAUACAAGUUCUGUGUAGGUCCUCUUCAUAUGCUGGGAUAAGAGAUUUGUAAGUUCUCUCAAAUACGUAUUUCAUAUGUAGAAUGAUUUAUCCAUUCCUAAUGAUAAUUUAAUGAUAAUUUAAAAUAUUGUUUAAUCAUACAACCACAUUAAUAAUUCCACCCUCUUGCCUUGAAGACCAAAGACAAAUAUAUAUUUUUGUGACAGCAUUUACUACAUUAGAGAAGAUCAGAAGUGUUCAGAUAUUUUUGGUAUCAUGAUGAUAUUUAUCAUAACCAAGCCACAUCUCAAAGAGCCAGGCCAUCCCUGUAGAGCUCAAGUCCAAUGGACUGGAGGUCGUUACUUAGGGAGCAAGGUGUCACUCGACACACACCUCUGCAUUGACACUCCCCUGCUUUCUGUCCUGUGUCUGUCUGGUCAGCCAGUAUAAUAAAGGACCCGGGACCAGCUUCCUGUAGUAAUGGCAGGCCAAACUGCCCAGGUGAUUAGCACCUGGCCUGGGAGUUGGGGGUUUUGAAGUUGGGGAACACCAAUGCAUCACUGCCUAUACUGAACACCAACCUCCCCCUACCUGCACCCCUCUUUUCACACAACAACAUGUAGGCUACUCUAAACUGUAUAAAGAUCAAAGUGGGGUUCUGAUUGAUGUUCCAACACUUAACACACACACACACACACAUACACACCUCUGUCUUCUUCCAUAUGGGAGGGAAAGGUAUAGGGGAUAGCUGCCCUAAUCACAUCUCAAGUGCAUAUCACUGAGUUCGAGUUUGGAGUAAAUCAGAGAGGAAUUAACAACAAGAGCGCUGACUGGAGCUCCAAGGCCAUGUAUCUGCAUGAGGAGAGGCUGCUGUGUGGUGACUACCCACUCAACUCUCAGCCCAGGAACUAUGGCUAUUGUCCACCAGAUUGGAAAGAUGCGGUUCGACGGGGCCAGUCUUGGAACGGCGGUGGUAAAGUCGGGUGUGAACCCGAGCUUUCAGCUCUUCAAGUUCGGGUGUCGCUCCAGGGUCGCGAGCUAUGGGAACAAUUUGGCGAUAUAGGAACUGAGAUGCUCAUCACCAAAACAGGAAGGCGUAUGUUUCCGAGCUGCAGAGUCACUGUGACAGGGUUGAAUCCUCAGGCAAAGUAUGUGUUGAUGAUGGACAUGGUCUCAUUUGAUGACGACAAAUACAAGUGGAGCAGAGAUCGCUGGGAAGUGAGUGGUAUGACCGAGCCACAUCUUCCCAACCGCUUCUUCAUCCACCCAGACUCUCCCUCCCUGGGGGAGAGGUGGAUGCAAUACCCCGUCUCCUUCCACAAGCUCAAACUCACCAACAACACCCUCAACUCCAGUGGCCUGGUGGUUCUUCACUCCAUGCAUAAGUACCAGCCCCGUCUGCACAUCGUCCAGUCUCCAGACCCCUAUAACCCUCUGUCAGGGGGCUACCUGCGCUUCACCUUCCCCGAGGCAGCCUUCAUAGCUGUCACUGCCUACCAGAACUCAGAGAUAACAAAGCUCAAGAUAGACAACAACCCCUUUGCAAAAGGAUUUCGUGACAAUGGGCUGAACAGAAAAAGGUUCAGAGAAAAGGAAGGUCAGAGCUCCGAAAAACUAAAUGAAAGACAACUCCAGAUGGAAUUGAAAUCUUCAAAAAUGGAUCCAGACCACUCAGUGAAUUCCUAUGGUGCAGCAGGAUCCAGGACUGAUGACAUCACAUCUCUCUCUGCUGCACCUAACCCCUUAAUCUCUGCCAUCAUGAACUGGGGGGCUGCGGCUGCAGCCCUGCCCUGUGGCCAGGAGGGAUGGGGGGUCCAGGACCCAAUGACCCACAACACCCACACAUACAACACACUUACUACCAGGGACUAUGGCAGCCCUGGGCAGCAUAACGAAGCCAGGCAUACUGGUUUAUCAAACGUUGCUUCUCCUCUCUUCCUCCCACACCCUCCACUGGGCCAGACUCACCACCUAGGGUCUGUUGGCUUCAGGAGGCCCCAGGCGCAUAGCAGGAAACCAGUGCUGCCUCACCCACCUCACCACCGAGGAGGUCCAAGUGGUCCAGCACCAGAACUCUCCCAUAGCCAUAGCCACAGCCACACAUCAGACCACCAGCCCCAGCAGCCACAGCCCCAUCAGGCUGAGUUUGACUACCCUCUCCCCCUGCCCCCAAAGGUCAGCAGGAUGUACCUACCUGAGAGUGCCCUGCGUAGCCUGGAGAUGAGCCCCUCCCCCUCGGUGUCCGGCAACCCUUGGUCCCUCACCGACAUGCUCAACAGGAUCCACAGCAGGGAAGGGUCUGGGAUCAACUCAGUAAGCCCCCAGGGGAAGCUGCUCCAGGCCCAGGCCCAGUAUGAGAGGCCAGGCCUGGAGCUGGGGGUGAACAGGGAGCUCCGGCCACCACAGCCCAAUCCACCACUACCUGAUCAUGAGCCAGAGUACCUGCCUCUCCACAACAUGAUGUGCUACCACCAGAACAGCUUGAUUGGCUCUGCUGGGCUGCUAAGAGACAACCAUGUGGACCCUAGAGUACCCUCCUGUAAGUCACCUAUGCUCGACUUAUAAGUGAUCUCUUGUUCAGUAAACACAACAGGUCAGGUAGACAUGAACAUUUUCCCCACCACUUGUGGACAUCUAGCAACAUCUCUGGGUAGACUUGAAGCAAAUUAAUAUGCAAUAUUGAGUCAUGUAUAGUUAUUUUUUCUUUGCUAUGUUAGACGUUGCAAAAAAAAUCCAUAUUUUUCAGUUGUAGAAUAGGGAAGUGGUUUGCUAGGAUAAGGAACUGGGGACUCUUUUGCCCUGACAUUAGAUUUUUAUAAUUUGUAAGGGGAGCUAACACCUAUGCAAUAGAUUUGCAUCAUGUCUUAACCGUCAACAUGUUUCCCCACUUUCUUGGGACAUUGUAAUUAACAGUAAAUAAUGAGUGAGAUUAUAUGUGAGAUGUGAAUGCAGAAGAGCAGUGGUUUAUCAAACAUACAAAAUUAUGUUUUUUUGGUUUUGAUAUUAAGGCUGAUAACAUUAGCCAUAUCCAUACUGUAUGUAUCGUUGUCAUGCUAGAAAGGUUGGAUACAGCACAUACAGCAUAGGAGUUAUGGGACGAGGAUAAUGUAACAGGCCACUGGUAACUGAUUCUCUGAAAGAAUACUGAGGAAACUGUAUGAGGUGGCAGAACAUUUAUUACAGGGAAGUGAAUAAUACUUUGCAACAGCAAGACUGGAGGGUCACAUGUUCACAUGCUGAAAUAUCCAUUUGGGACCAGUUUUCCAGUA